AUGCCGUGCGCGGACCCGUGGGCGGUGUCCGACGACGACGCCGAUCACGUCGACGCGUCGCGCGCGGAACAUCACGUCCCCGAACACGUCGUCGACGAGCGCGUGGAGCGAAGAAAGCAUCACAAUGCCGGAUAUCUCGACGGUCUGGAAGAUGGAAAGGAUGAGACACUCCAGAGCGGGUUCAACGCCGGUUUCGUCGAUGGUGGGACCGCGGGAUUCGCAUACGGACAGGCGCGCGGAGCAACGCGGACGCUGCGGGCAUUCGCCGAGCGCGCGGGAGGAUCGGAGGAGUGGGUCGAGGCAAUGCAAGCGAAUGAAGAACGUCUGAAGACAAUGACGAGCGUGCGAGCGCUCAAGGCGGCGCACGCGGAGUCCCUGGACGAUGGUCAGAGCGAGUUUACGGUUGCAAUGAAGGCCUUGGAGUCUGACAUUCAAGCCGUGGGGGCGGUGACUUUGCACGAGUUUCCUCGGUGA